AUGUUUGGACCAUCGAAUUUGAAAGAAGGACAAAGCAUUCAGUGCGCCCUCCGUUUAUUCUCAGACUUCCUCUUGUACUUCACUGGCUACAUCGAAGCCCAAAGCCCCUUCCAACUCCCGCCUCAAACGCCCUCCAGUAUUGACUCACCUAGCGAGCUGGCUCGUACCUUAAUACCCUCUCAGUCUGUCGACAAAAAAUUCGAAAAUAAAACUGGUGGAGACGCUGAUCUGCACGAUCAAAGUUCACGAGCCGUUCACAAUCAGGACGGGGGCCUUUUUGUCAAUCCUCACGGUCAAGGCUUAUCAGCCACACAGCAAGGAAUCGGUCAUGUAGUCCCACCAUACCAAGCAUAUGUCGAGAGCGCAGAUGACUCAAGUGGCGAUUCUCAGCCUUCUGGGGACCUCGAUGGCUGGCUUUCAACAAGUGAAGGUGAUGGUGGUCUAAACGAGCUGUCAAGGCAGACCGCGAAGCCAUCCAGGUCACAGCAGUCAAAUAAAUCCCCCAAACGCAAGCAAAACUAUGAAGGGAGCAGAGACCCAAAACGUUUGCACGUCGAGGCUUUGGACGGAACGGAGGUAUACCUUGGGAGCAGAAGCCCUCAACUUUCAGGGACUUCCGAACUCCAGUCUGCACCUGACCAGAGUGAUCAGACGCAUGGCCAGCAAUCUGACAUAGAAGAAAUCGGCCAAGACUUUCAUUUUGUAGCGUCUUCCGGCACCUCGCCAACAGCAUCUUGCAGCUCGCAGCAAACAUCUUCCAUGGCAUCACCCAUCGAAGACAAUCCAUCAGCCGAGAGUAACGAUGGCUUCACGGAUUUUCCAGCGGAUUUGCAAGCAAAGGCACAGAUGAUUGGGGGUUUAGCAACACGAGAAAUUGAGUGGCAUUUCUUCAACUACAUGGGGUCUCUGCUAAUAACGUGUAAGCAUAGGCAGCAGAGCAGAGAGAAGGUCGAACGGCUGUCAAAGAAGGAGGAUGGUCCGCGGAAGAAGGCCAAAGAGAAACUCGAGUACUGGUUAUCAUUAGGGGAACUGCUUGCGAUGCCAGUUACUACUACUAUCCUCCAGACGAUAAAAUCAUGUCUCAAUCUCUAG